ACGUUAAAUAAACAGAAAACUCCAACAGAAAAUAACGAAGUGUAGUCAGACCCGCUUAGUUAAUUCUCACUUGACCGCUAUGUUUUAUUUUUAUUGUUAAGAAACUACGAAAUGGUACAAAGGGCUUAAUUUACGUUGGUUAGCCAGUGAGUUAACAUGCUAGCAGUUUGGCAGCUAGCUGAACAGGUCCUAUUCAAAUGUAACAAUACAGAAAAAUAUAAUUUAUUUAACCCCAGAUAAAGGGGCUUCUAGUGUAUUCGCGUUCUUUAAAGAGGCACAUUUUCUGUUUGGACUUGGCUGACAGGCUAGCGUUAAGGCUAAAGUUUAGCAUGCCCUCUGUCACUUUCUACCAGCAUCAGUGGUUAACCCUGCAGUAGCCUGCUCUUUGGGACACACAACAGAUUCAGUCCACAAUGUCCGCAUCACAGAGGCUGCUUCACCUGGUGAAGUACAGGAGUCUGUGGACCCAUGCGCGGAGAAAAGUCACCACCUGGUCUCCUGUUGGGGCUGCUUUCAAUGCCAAACCACGCCGGAGGCUGGAACUGUUUGAGAAAAACGUGGGCUUGUUUGGGGUGCCAGAGCUCAGCUGUCCUGCAGGCUUCCAGGCAGCCACAGAAACAGCCCUGAGAAAGACUGAAGUGCUGCUGCACAAAGCCUGCUCCUGCCCUCCAGGUGUGGAGACCGUCGAGUGCUUCGACCAGCUCUCAGAUGGGUUGUGCAAAGUGGCUGAUCUGGCAGACUUUAUAAAAGUGGCCCAUCCAGACCCGGCGUACCGUGAAGCUGCAGAGAGGACCUGCGUAGAGAUCGGCACGGUCGUGGAGAAGCUGAACACUAAUGUUGAGUUAUGCAAGAGCCUGAAGAAUUUACUGGACAACCCAAAAGUUGCGGCAGAGCUGGACCCAGACACAAAGCGCGUGGCAGAGUUAUUCAUGUUUGACUUUGAAAUCAGUGGAAUUCAUCUGGAUGAUAAACUGAGGAAAGAGGCCGUCGCUCUUCACGUUAAGCUCCUGGAUCUGAAUAACGAGUUUCUGAUUGGCUCCCAUGUGCCCAACAGAAUCGCCAAGUCUGCGAUUCCCCAACACCUCCAGGUCCACUUUGCAAGCGAGGGAAGCUUCAUUCAGAUUGGAGGAUUACAUGCAGAUUCCCCCGAUGACUUGCUACGAGAGAUCGCGUACAGGAUCUACCUGUAUCCCAACGCCGACCUGAUGGAGUGUCUGGAGGAGCUGCUGAAGUGCAGGUAUAAGCUGGCCAAACUGGUCGGCUAUGACUCCUACGGACACAGGGCGCUGAAGGGAACCAUGGCCAAAAAUCCAGAAACGGUGAUGAGCUUUCUCCGGUUGUUAACAGACAAACUGUCACACAGAACAGAAAAAGAUUUUCGGAUGAUGAGAGACAUGAAGAAGAGGCUCAACCCUCGUAAUGCUGAGGUAAUGCCCUGGGAUCAUCCGUUCCUCAGCGGUGUCCUGCGUGCUGAAAGGUACAACAUUGAGCCGAGCCUGUACAGUCCCUACCUGUCUCUCGGUGCUUGCAUGGAGGGUUUGAACAACCUUUUCUCCCGGCUGUACGGCGUCUCCCUCAUGUCGGAACAGCCCGGCGCUGGAGAAGUGUGGAGCGAGGACGUCCGCAAACUGGCUGUGGUGCAUGAAACUGAAGGAUUAUUGGGACAUAUCUACUGUGACUUUUUCCACAGACGAGAUAAACCUCACCAGGACUGUCACUUCACCAUCCAGGGGGGGCGCUGGUGCCAGGAAACCGACCAGUACCAGCUGCCGGUUGUGGUGCUGAUGCUGAGCCUCCCCCACCCCACCAAGAGCGCGCCCACCCUGCUCACCCCAGGCAUGAUGGAGAACCUCUUCCACGAGAUGGGCCACGCCAUGCACUCCAUGCUGGGCAGGACCCGCUACCAACACGUGACAGGAACCAGGUGUGCGACUGAUUUCGCUGAGGUGCCCUCCAUCCUCAUGGAGUACUUUGCCACAGACUAUCGGGUAAUCAGCCAGUUCGCCCGUCAUUAUGAGACCGGACAGCCUCUGCCUGAAAGCAUGGUGGCUCGCCUGUGUGAGUCCAAGAAGGUGUGCGGAGCGGCAGACACCCAGCUGCAGGUUUUCUAUGCGGCCUUGGACCAGAUCUACCACGGCAAACCGCAGAACCGCUCCACAACCGAAAUCCUCAAGGAGACGCAGGAGAAGUUCUAUGGCUUGCCUUAUAUACCCAACACGGCGUGGCAGCUGAGAUUCAGCCACCUGAUUGGCUAUGGGGCCAAGUACUACUCGUACCUCAUGUCGCGGGCCGUGGCCUCCAUGGUGUGGAAGCAGUGCUUUGUUCAGGAUCCAUUAAACAGGGACAUGGGCGAGCGUUACCGACGGGAGAUGCUGGCCCACGGAGGAGCCAAAGAGCCCAUGCUGAUGGUGGAAGGCAUGCUUCAGAGACGGCCCAGCAUCGAGGACUUUGUGGACGCCCUGGUGUCCGAGCUGGACCCGAACUUUGAGACCUUCCUCAUGGACUCUGAAAGCUGAUGGAAACGACCUUCCUGAGGCCGAGUCGGGACACGGAGAAGCUUUCAGGCCACAUCUUCACUUCAUCUGUAAAUUCAUCGUCAACAUGUUUUUCAAUAGUAACACAUGGAGUCAUAUUGACUUGUUUAAUGUACCCGCCCCAGUCUCCUGUUUCAGUCAUUUAAUUAAAUUAAAGAGUUGUUAAUAAAGCAA